CUCGUUCGAAGCUGAUUUUCUCGCCGUUAGGCCAUGGCAUAGUAAUACCGGAUAAUAUAGUAUAUUGAAUGCGUGGCGUAUUUCUGUGAUUCCAGACGUGUUGUUGGAAUAACACCGAGACAGUCGGUGCCAAAAGAUGUCAAGUGAACCAGAGGACAAGGCCGCAAAGGAUAGUGGUGAUGAAAGCGAAGAUGAAGAAGUUCUGGAAGAAAGUCCGUGUGGUCGAUGGCAGAAGAGAAGGGAAGAGGUAACACAACGAGAUGUGCCAGGUAUUGAUGUUGCCUACUUAGCCAUGGACACAGAAGAAGGAGUAGAAGUAGUAUGGAAUGAAGUGCAAUUUUCUGAAAGGCGUAAUUUUAAAGCUCAAGAAGAAAAAAUAAAACUGGUUUUUGAUAAUCUUAUACAACUGGAACAUGUAAAUAUUGUAAAGUUCCAUAAAUACUGGACAGAUGUCAAAACUGAAAAACCAAGAGUGAUAUUUAUAACAGAGUAUAUGUCUUCAGGAUCGUUGAAACAAUUCCUGAAGCGAACCAAGAAAAAUAAAAAAACUAUUAAUGAAAAAUCAUGGAAAAGGUGGUGCACACAAAUCUUAUCAGCUCUCAGUUAUUUGCAUUCCUGUGAACCGCCCAUUAUCCAUGGCAACCUCACAUGUGAUACAAUCUUUAUCCAGCAUAACGGACUCAUUAAAAUCGGUUCUGUGGCGCCGGAUACAAUCCAUAAUCAUGUGAAGACGUACCGAGAAGAGCAGAAAAAUAUGCAUUAUAUUGCUCCAGAAUACGGAGGUUUAGGUGAAGUAACAACAGCCGUUGAUAUUUAUGCAUUUGGUAUCUCUGCUUUGGAGAUGGCAUGUCUUGGUUUACAAAACAACGGCGAUGGUACAUGCAUAACAAAAGAUACGAUAUUUGCUGCACUUGGUAAAAUAGAAGACAGGUUACAAUCAAAUUUUAUUCGUUGCUGUUUAACGGAAGAUUGUGGAAAAAGACCUACGGCAAGGGAACUCUUGUUUCAUCAAGUUUUAUUCGAAGUUCACUCAUUAAAGCUCCUAGCUGCUCAUAGUUUUUUCAGACAUGAAAGAUUACUGCCAGAAAACUUGACUACAGAAGCAAUAAGGGAACAGAGUACUCCCGAGAAGGUGAUGGCAGAAAUAUCACAUCAAGACGGCCGGGAAGGUGUGCAAUGGAAAUGUAAACAAGUUCCAAUUCUUGAAUAUGAAAAAUUCUUGGAAGACGUCCGGAAUGGAAUCUAUCCACUGACAGCAUUUGCAUUACAAGAUCCCCAUCCAGGCAAACCACGGCCACCCACACCUGAAAUAGCCGAGUCUGUGAAGAGCAAUACUCCAGAUCCAGUAGAUGUAGAGCUCAGACAAAUACUACAAAUGCAGUGUAAUGUUAGUUUACAGAAGGAAACUGCAGCGCCAACGUUUAAUUUAACAAUUAUUCUGAGAAUGGAUGACAAGAUGAACCGCCAGUUGGACUGUGAUUUCUCUCCUGAUGAUAAUAGUUACACUCUUGCUGAAGAAUUGGUACAUUUUGGCUUUAUAAAUGUGAAUGAUCGUGACAAAGUUGCCAAUCUGAUUGAAGAACAGCUCAAGAUGGCAUCAUCACAAUCGGCACCAUCUUUAUCAUCAUCAUCAUCGUCAGCAUCAUCUUCCUCAUCCCAAGAACAAUUACCAGUUGCUGUCCAAUCAUAGCAAACAUCCAAAGUAAACAAAAUUUACAGUGUGUACCGGGUAACAAGGUUAUUAAUUUGUAUGGACAAAUAUUACUGGAUUAAUUGAUAAUUGUGUAAGAUUAAAGAUUUAUAUAUACCCUUUAUAAGAAGCAGACCAGAAAGCAGAAUUGGUUUCCAUCUGGAUUUAAGUUUACCACACUUUUAUCUGCUUGAGAGACGCAACAUAUUCUUAACUACCAAGUAUUAUGUUUAGCAGAAAUACAUCAGAAUUUUUUUUUUAUUUAAGGACUGGCUCGUAAUAAUGGGAAGCCAUUCACUGUUGUGUUACUGGUGUAAUCCAGUCAGUUCCUGGUGUUUGUCUCUCACAGCAAUAUGAUGUGUGAUUUUAGUAGACUGUUUCUGUGAGUGGUCAUAACAACUGACUUUAUAAGUCGUAUGUCAGGAACCCUUGCAUACAUUUGCAUUUGAUGAUUUUUCCAGUUGCUAGUCUCCUGAAUAUGUGACUAUUAUUGGCUUCCGCAAUGCCAAGAAGGGCCAGUUUAGAUUUAUUAUAAUUAUUUUAUUAUUACAGUAUUAGUUAUAUUUUUGCUGCUCUCAAUUUGUGUGCUUUGAGAACGUUCAUGAGGAUAACAUUUGCCAAAAGUUAAUACGACUCUCCGUCUUAAAAUUAAUGUCAAUUUCACUGUCACUGUAUUGUUUGACUCAGACUCACAAAUUUCUAUAUUAUUUGGAUUGGAUUGUGUUGUCCUACAAUGAAACCUAUCCAAAUCGAAUAGCUAAUUCUCAAAAAAUCCUUGUUUGUUCAGACUACUUAAAGAAUCUCUACAAUAAAGAUGCUUGCUAAGAUUUAGAUAGUACAAAUAAAAACUAUAUUUACUGUUUUUCCAUCAAGGAACUCUUAAACCUGUCAAUGAAAUCAUCACUUAGGUUUUAAAUGAGACAGGAAUGUCAAUGGUAAAAAGAAGUUGUAUUUUACAUGUGCUUCUGCUGGAGCAAAUACAGUACAUGUUCAGUGAAAUAAGAAUAGCUAGAAUGAAAAAAAAAAAACGCUUAUUAGAAGUGAGAGCUGCUCCACAUAACUUCAAUAGUUGGACUGUUUCUCACUUAAAUAUAUUUUGUACUUUAUUAUGAUUACUGGUGGUUCUGCAAAUGCUGGUAUUUAUGCCCUGUCUUGGUGAUAUUAUGAUCAUCGUUAUUAUGCAGUCUCGGCUUAACAUAAACUGCCUUAAUGUUUUUUGACAAAUUCAGCUUUUAUAACCUUCUUUGUAAAUAUAUCUGUACAUAAGCUUAACCAGUAUGAUAGUUUGAUGAGUAAUUUUACAUUUGUAACAUAGUCUGAUGGUGCGCCAUUUGGUUUAACAAAUUUAAAAGUUUGUGAUGUAUGCUUUCACUCAGUUGCUUUGUUCACACACUUGUAUUUGUUGCUUUUGUCCGUUCUGUGAGUUAGAUUGUCUUUUCAAAAUCUGAACAGUUAUUUUACUGAGUGUAUAUCCUCUCUUAUAUACAAAUUAGUUAUAAACUAAUUUACUUGUUAGAGGGAAAGGUUGUAUUUAACUCCUACUGCACAUUACAAUUUUGUGUUAACCAUGUAUUGUACAUGUUGCAUGGAGCCCACAUGGAACACUACACAAAGCAACGGAUGCAACAGUUUGUUUUUCAGUAUCUCAAAUACUUCUCUUCUCUUUAUUUCCAUAGCAAUCAUAAGACUUGUAAACUUCUUGGUUCACAUUCACUCUACUCCAUAGUGUGAUAAAACAUUGUUUUGCUUAGAUGGGCCUAAAAAAUGCUGUGACAAUAAUAGUUACUAAAAUACGUCUGCAACUAUGUGUAUUGUUUCCAUCGUAAUAUGGCACAAAUUAGACUUUCAAAGUUUGCUGUUUUGUGUGAAACAAGAUACUGAGAAAUUCUGAUUAUGUCUAGUAUUUCAAUUUUUAGUUUGCAGGCCAUUGUACUGACCAGCAAGAAUCUACUAGUCUUUAAUAAACUUAUUACGUCUUCAUAUACAUUUUUAAAAUUGUCUCUUUCUGUCACCAUCACUCAAUAAACUGCCUCGGUGUCAAGCCACCAAUGUUGCUUGAAGUAUUAUCUUUACUAUGCACAUGAAUAUUUUUAUUCAAAUCAUCUCUCGCCUUGUGAAGCAAUAGUAUAGUUAUAGUAACAGAGUUGCUUAGAAUAUUAAAGAUAAGUGUUUCAGCAUAGGGCCAAAAAAAAAAAAAUGUUUUGUUGCCCUCAGCGAUCGAGCGCAAAAUAUGAAAUAUCGGGUCUCAUUUUUUUUUUUUUUUAAUAGGCCCAAAUAAUAAAAAUUCACCAUUUUAAGCAGUAAAAAAGUGUUUUUUCUAAAAAUUAACGAUCCUGCACCGUUCUUUUAUCCCAAGGGUGCCCGGGGGAUAAGUGAUGACUUUGAACCUCGGGUUGAUCUGUAUUACUCUGGGAAAAAAAAAAUCAGACCGACCCACCCAAUUUUCCAACUUGAGGGCAACAUAAGUGUUUUUUUUUGGCCUAGUUGAUUGAAAAUAAACACUGAAACUGAGGAGAAAGCCAAUACACUUGGAAUAUUAAAGUUGAGUGUUAUUUUCAUCAU